GCUAGAGGCAGGAGCCCAAAGGUUCUAGCAUGCGAGAACAAUUAUAAUAAAUGGCUUGUUUCAAACGGAAAUUAUAUCAGCGUUUGCUGGUUUUUGCAGUAAUUCUUCCAAUCUCAGGUGUUCUGUGUUUUAGCGAGCUGUUUUUCAUCAAAGAGCCACGUGAUGUGACGGUGAUGCGCAAGGAUGCCGUUAUUUUGGACUGUCAGGCCCACGGGGAGGCCCCCAUCGCCGUCAAGUGGCUGAAGAAUGGAGUACAUAUUGCAGAGAACGAUCGCAUUUACCGGCUGUCCAACGGCUCACUUUACAUUGCCGAGGUUGAGAGUAGGCGAGGAGACAAAUCAGAUGAGGGCUUUUACCAGUGCCUCGCUCAGAACAAGUAUGGAGCCAUCCUGAGCCAGAAAGCCCGUCUUACAAUCGCAAAUAUUUACCCUUUUACAAUCCAGCCAACAUCAAUUGUGGUCACAGAGGGGUCUGUUGCUCGCUUCUCUUGCAAAAUCACGGCGAGUCCUCCCCCUAUCCUCACCUGGGAGUUUAACAGAGUCACCUUACCCUUGGCAACAGAAAGGAUAACUGUACUGCCCACUGGAGUGCUGCAGAUCCAGGGAGUCGAUCAGAGGGACGCUGGCAACUACCGCUGUGUGGCUACUAACAUCGCCAACCGUCGCAAGAGCACAGAGGCUACUCUGACUAUCACUCCAGCUCCCAGUGCCCGGCUCCCCCAGAGACCUCGCAUUGUCGCUGGACCCCAGAACCAGACGGUGUCUCUGCAUCAGAGCGCCAUACUGGAGUGCAUGGCCACAGGUAACCCCAGGCCGCUCAUCUCCUGGAGCCGAGCUGACCACAAGUCCAUUGACGUCUUCAAAACCAAGGUGCUGGGCAGCGGCAACCUCAUGAUUUCCGACGUGAAGGCCCAGCACGCGGGCGUGUACAUCUGCAGGGCCACCACCCCUGGCACCCGCAACUACACCAUCGCUGUGGCCAACCUCACUGUGCAAGCUCCCCCUUCUCUGGUGGAGUGGCCUGAGAGUCUGACCCGUCCUCGUGCGGGCACGGCUCGCUUUGUGUGCCAGGCGGAGGGGGUGCCCACCCCCCACAUCACGUGGCUGAAGAAUGGCGAGCGGGUCCACUCAAAUGGAAGGAUCAAAAUGUACCACAGCAAACUGGUGAUCAAUCAGAUCAUCCCUGAGGAUGAUGCCAUCUACCAGUGCCAGGCAGACAAUGACCUGGGCUCGGUGCUGUCCAUGGCCCGACUCAUCGUGGUCAUGUCCGAGGACCGGCCGAGUGCGCCCAGGAACAUCCGUGCCGACACCGUCUCCAGCUCGGCCAUUCUGCUGGCCUGGGAGAGACCUAUGUACAACUCCGACAAAGUCAUCGCCUACUCAGUGCACUACAUGAAGGCAGAAGGUUUGAAUAAUGAAGAAUACCAAGUUGUCAUUGGCAAUGACACCACUCGCUAUAUUAUUGAUGACCUGGAGCCUGCCAGGAACUACACCUUUUACAUUGUGGCCUACAUGCCCAUGGGAGCCAGCCGCAUGUCGGACCACAUCGUCCAGCACACUCUUGAAGAUGUGCCCCUGCGUGCCCCUGAGCUCAGCCUCACCAGCCGCAGUCCCACCGACAUCCAUGUGUCCUGGCAGCCGCUGGCGCCCAAGCUGAGCCGCGGGCACGUCUCUGCCUACCGGCUGGCCUACCGCACCAGCGCCGACAGCACCAUCACGCAGCUGGAGCUGGCGGGCCACUUCACACAGCACCUGCUGGAAGGCCUGCAGCCCGACACCAUCUACCUCGUACGCAUCUCGGCUGCCACCAAAGUGGGCUGGGGGGAGCAGUCUGCUUGGACAUCCCACCGCACUCCCAAAGCCUCCAGCACCAAAGUGCCCCUGGCCCCAGAGCUGCUGCUGGAGCCUCUCAACUGUACCACCAUUGUGGUCCACUGGAGACUCACCUUGGGCAAUGCUGCUGGCAUCCAAGGCUACCGGCUCUUCUAUCAUGAGGAGACCCAGACAGAGAGACCACCGAUACAGUUGCGUGCCCACGAGAACCACUACACCAUCGGAGGCCUGGACCCCAGAAAGAAGUAUCAUGUCAAGCUCCUGGCUUACAAUUUCAUGGGAGAGGGAUACCAAGCAGACCAGACUAUUAGCACCCCUGGAUGUGUCUCCGUCCGUGAUCGUCUGGUACCCCCACCACCACCCCCUCACCAUUUGUAUGCAAAGACCAACAGCUCAUCCGCUGUGUACCUGCACUGGGGGCGGCCUGCUUUCACUACGGGCCAGAUGGUGAACUACACUGUCCGCUGUAAUCCUGUGGGUUUACAGAACGCCUCACUGGUGCUCUACCUCCAGACAGCUGAACAGAGUCUGCUAGUACAGGACCUGGAACCCAACACCCGCUAUGAGUUUGCAGUUCGUCUCCACAUGGACCAGCUCUUCAGUCCAUGGAGUCCUGUUGUGUACCAGAGCACACUUUCACAAGCCCCCACACAGCCUCCAUCCGGAGUGAAGGUGACGCUGAUUGAGGACAACACAGCCCUGGUGUCCUGGAAGCUGCCAGAUGAUCCCAAUGUAGCCUUGUCGCACUACACCAUCCUCUAUGCGUCCCGCAAGGCCUGGGUGGCUGGCGAAUGGCAGGUGCUCCAAAGAGAAGGGAGCAUCACUAUGGCUUUGCUGGAGAAACUGGAGCCAGGGAACACCUACCUGGUGAAAGUAUCGGCCUCCAACGAGAUGGGUGACGGGCCGUUCUCCAGUGCAGUAGAGCUGGCUGUACAAACCCACAGCUCUUCCUCUGGCCAUGUCCCCAGACACUCACAUGGCUCCUCUCAUGCCACAGCAUUUUCUGAUGGGUUCUACCACCUGGACCAGAAGUCAAUGACUGGCAUCAUCUUAGGAGUCUGUGUAGCACUCACCUGCAUCAUCAUCUGCGCCUUAAUCCUUGUGUGUAGGGGCAAAGACAGGAAAUCCUCCACAACAAAAACUGUGAGGCAAGGUGGUGGCCCGAUUCCAGCUCUCUCUCAUUUGGCUGGAGACAUUCAGGUUGAGAAUGCAGAGGUUAUGGUGCCCAUGAUGAGUGACCAUUUUGUUGACGCCAAGGGUGGAACGAAUUUGAUCAUAAAUAGCUAUGGCCCUGUCAACAGUCCCGAAAAGAAGAAUAAGAAGAAAUGGCUUUUCUUUGAGAAGGAGGAGAAACAGAAAGUCCAGACUCAGUGGAGGACCCAUAGCACAUGUUCCUACCAGCCAGGAACCACUGUCCUAUGCUAUAAGGAGGAGACCCACCAACCCACCUCCCUACAGGUUCUGUUUAGCUCGUCAGGAGACACUGAGGGCUCCCAGAACAGUGAGGGGAGCCAUGAGACUGGUGAUUCGGGCCGCUACUCCCAUGACGAAAUGGAGAUGACCAAUCUGUCAUCAGGACAAGGCAGUCGGCCGUCUUCUCUGCAGGGUGUGGAGAGUGAUGGGUCUGAAGGUGAAUGCGUUCCUGAGGCUCCGUCAUCUGACCUCACUGUGGACAUGGGAGAAGCCACAGGAAGGCCCUGCCAGGAGCAGCAAGAGGUCCCAGUAAUUUCUCAGUCUGCACUUUCCCUGUAGCCAUACCUCUAUCCCUGCCCCCCAUCCCUUAUACCUGCCUUUCCACCUCCCUCCUGUUUCGAUGGACAAUGAGCAGGAAGCCAAAAUCAAGAGGCUGCUUGGAAGACUUGGGCUCUGGCUUCAUAUUUAUGCCAAAGACCUGCGUUUAUUGAAUGUCCCCAUUUUUCCCUUUUUUCUUCCCUUUUUUGUGUAUGUCUAUUUGUGUAAAUCUCACCCACCAUGAAUGUUUCAAAAAGAUUGUCAAAAAAUGGGAAAUAUGACUGUUACAUUUUCUGACAUUAUUUAAGUUUGUCACUGGAGCAAAAGGGAUAAUGGACCUCCCUUAGCUGACGAUCUACCUCAGUUUACCUUGGGUAAACAUCAACUAUGUAUUUAAUGUCUACUUACAUAUGCAGUGGGUAACCCCACUGUCAUAACAAUUGAUACUUCCUGAUAGCAAUAAUUUGCUUCAAUUAGCUUAUAGUUGUCUUCUGUUUUUCUGUGCUUUUUGUUUUGUUUUUUAAAGUAUGGGAUUGUAAGUGCACUGCAUUACCUAUUUUAUUUCUCACAUACAUGCAGUACUAGUGUACUACCGAUUUUUCAGAUGAAUGCUCUCAGGUAUAUGAUAUGUUUGUCCACAUUCUUACGCAUUAUGAAGAAACCCAGGAGUGUGUGGUUUAACUUAUUUGAAGCCCUCACAUUUCAAGAAAUUCCAAAGAUGGGAUAAAUAUUGAAUUAGUUUUUCUAUGUAUCUGGAAGUGCAUUUGCCCUUUCAAUCCCUGUUUUAUACUACCUCGUUUUAAGCAUUUUUUUGUAGUGUAUUUUUUCCUUAACUCAGGGAACAAGGUUUAGUACAUUUGAACAAGCCAUGUGUUUUUAUGAUGUUACAUGGCUGAUUGACAGGGUUUCAUCUUUGAGCUGAACUGCUCAUCAUAGUUGGAGUAGUCGCCAUAGGUCUGUUAUGAAUGUUUGUCUAGAUUCUUGUGCCAGUUACAGUUCAGAGCCUUGUGAUACCCUUCUCACAGGUGGAAAAGCCUUUUCAUUAAGGAAUAUAUGGCUGUACUAUGGCAGGUGUUCAUUGUUUUAUUGCUAUUUUCUUUUUUUUGUGCUUAUGAGAAAUUUUCCUAAUAUAGCAGUGUUGUUAAGCGCAACACAGCUACCCUUAAAAGCGUUUGAAUAGCCUUAACAUGGAUCAAGUUCCUUGAAUCUCAGAGCUAGGAAGCACAGUUUGCUUACCAAAGAAUAUUUUGAGGGAACUCUUUCAUGGGGAUGAAAGAUGAGUGAAGAAUGAAUGUUGUCAAAAAAAUGAGUGGAAUCAGUGAAAUGGAAGUGAAAUUAACACCAAAAAACAUUAUAACAUAUAUAUUUUUUCUUGACUUAUAUGUACUACUGAGUACAUUAUCUAGUUACUUUUGUUCUUGAAAUAGUCCGUACUAUUUUAGAGUAGAAACAUGAGUUUAGCACUUCUCUCAGAAUAGUUUCAGUUUUUAGAUCACUAUGUCUAUGUGCAACGGUGACUUAUGCUAUUGCCCAAAGAAUUGUUUGCUUCUUUAAUUUUUGUCCUACUGGUCUUUAGGAACAUCUCAGGAUAAGGGUUUCCUCAGACUAGACCAAAGAUGGAAUGCAGUGCCCUGUGGAUCAGCAAAGAUGCUGCUUCCUGUACAAUAAAAUGCCUUGCACAUUUGUGCCCCCAUUCUGUGACCAAAUGAGUUGAGAUGCGGGUAAUCUCCCACAAAGUGCUCCUGGGGUGUAGGGUACUUGAUGAUGUAAAGUAAUAAUCGAUUACAAGUGCAAAACAACCAACUAGUCCAGAUUGGUUUCCUCCUAUGAGAUGUUGCAAGUGUGACAGGAUGUGUUUAUAUUAUAGGUGAAAAUUAUAUGCAGAGAUAUGUAUUAUAUUGUAUUUCCUGUCGAACUUCCAACAUUCUUUUCAAUCAGAGGAGACCAGUGGUCAAUGGAAGACCAUGUUUAAAUCAGAGCGACACAAUCACAUUUGUAAAGCAAACUAUAUAAACCAAAGAUUUUAGAGUCACCGUUGCACAUUGGCAAAUAAUCAGGUUAGUCUUUUAUCUUUGCAUGAUAUUUUAUUGUUCUCCCAACAUGUUCCACGGCUGUGAUUCCGUACCCUCUGUAUGCAGUAAAUGGCUAUAGACACACACUACUGAGACACCUCAUAGAUAGUCAUACAUCAUUGUGAUUUUAUGUUAUUGUGACUUGUAAUUUCAGCUAACAGCAGUUUGAGUCUACUCCACUUUUUUUUUUUUACUGUUUUCUCACUGGAGGAGAAACGUUUUUAUACUAGUAAGGGAGACUGAUACCCUCCCUUUGCAGUACUGACUGAAUUUCGCUUUUGCCUAGCUGAAUGUUAGGCAAUGCCCGAAUGCCCGAAAUGUUUAUUAUAAUGUGAAUACCUCUUCAAGUGUUGUAAGUGAAUAUUAAUCGGGAAAGCUGUGCUACAAUUUAAGUUCAUAUUGUAUAUGGAAUUUUUGUUUGUUUUGCUCUUUUAUUGGCAGGUGUGUACCAUUGCAUCAUCUUAGUUUCUGUUGUCUGUGGUCCAACAGUACAUUUUACUUAUACACUGAAAUGGAUAAUGAAUACGUAAACUGUUUGGCGAAUCAAGAUAAUCAGUUAGUUUAAUACAGAGAUUAUUUCAUUCUUCUAUGUUGUGGUGAUGUCUCUGUACUUUCCAAAACACUCAGGCAUGUGUAGUAAUGCAAUUUUAAUGUUGAACAAGACACUUAACUCAGGUACCUCCUCUGCACAGUAGAGAUGUGACCCAGACCUUGUGAGAUUGUUAUGCCCAGUAGAAUUACCAGUGUUACAUGAUGCUCAGAGAAAUCAGUGACACCAAUUACUCGAGCUAUGUGAUUCUGAAUUGUGCUCAUUUUUGUUUGUUUCAUUUUAUUCUUUUCUUAACAUGUGUGACAGAAAGGAUGAAGUUGAAGGCUCUUGUGUGAGUGUUGAUUCUCCACUGCUCUGUUGCCUCUACUGUCACACUGCUAGUGUAAAGGCUGUGCUGGUGUACAUGUGUAAUGGCAAAGCAAAAAUGGGCUAUAGACAAUUUCACUCAGGGGGGCCCAUGAAUGCCUUCUGCUGCCACAUAAAACUUGCACUGGCCUUGAAAAUGAAUGUACUUCUUGUAAUUGUUACUUGUUUUGUUGUUUUUGGUUAUUCACUCUUAAGUUACCAUUAUUAUCAACUGUUUGGAAGGUGUUCCAGUGUGUGUUUUCUGUACAAUGACAGUGUUCAUGCCAAAAUAUUAGCCUAAAAUGUCUAAUAAAAGCCAAAAAUGAUUUGAACCUUAA